AUGGGUGCAAUAAAACACGGCUGCGACAGCGCGCGCGUGCGGUGCCUCGUGUCUCCCGUCUUCGAGGCCGUGCCCCAGAGAAAAUCCAAGAUCACAGCCUCGCGCAAGCUCCUGUUGAAGAGCUUGAUGCUGGCAAAAGCGAAGGAGGAGUGGGAUCAGGAGAUCGUGGACAAGCAGUCAGAGAAGGAAAGGUACCUGUCGGAGCGCAUCACACCGCUGCACACCAGCGGGCUCUCCCUGAGCCAGCUCCAGGACCUGUGCAGGGAGCUGCACGAGAAGGUUGAAAUUGUGGAUGAAGAGCGAUACGACAUCGAAGCAAAGUGCAACCAUAACACCAGGGAGAUUAAGGACCUGAAAAUCAAAGUGCUUGACCUGCGGGGGAAGUUCAAGCGACCGCCCCUGCGGCGGGUCCGCGUCUCCGCCGAUGCCAUGCUGAGGGCUCUGCUGGGCUCCAAGCACAAGGUCUCCAUGGACCUCAGAGCCAACCUGAAGUCCGUCAAGAAGGAGGACACAGAGAAGGAGCGCCCUGUGGAAGUGGGCGACUGGCGCAAGAACGUGGAGGCCAUGUCAGGGAUGGAGGGGAGGAAGAAGAUGUUCGACGCUGCCAAGUCCCCCACGGGGCAGUGAGAGGUGCACCAGAACAGAAGAAGGUCCCCAGCCCCGCUGCCUGCCCCCUUUUCCCUUGCUGCCCCUCUGUACUCUUUGCACCCUCACCCUGAGCUCAGCACCGAGAUGAAAAGUGUGGACAACCGUGCGGGAAGGAGAUCCGAGCUUCUUCCUUCCAGCUCUGCCUCUUGCCCUGCUCCCACACGGCCCCAGCACAGCAGAUCCCGUGGGCAUCACCCCCACGGGACGUGCUCCUGGAGGGGCCACCAGC